UCGCGAGCUCAACCCCAAUCAACAAUUUUCUUCAUCUUCCUUUCACCGCAUUCUCUCGACCCUGCGAUACCCACGUCUCUGUUGAUAUAUCGGUAUAUUGUAUACUACAAGUUCUCCGCAAGAGUUUUCCGCCAAUCCUUUAUCCAUCUUUUGCCGACGAACGACGCGUCGAGGGAAUAUACGACUAAGGGAAGAGUAAAGAAUCUAAACAGACACGAGAAGACCAGCACUGCGAACGCCAUGGAUUUCCAGAAUCGCGCUGGCUCAAAGUUCGGCGGUGGUGGCGUCGCAUCGCAUAGUGCCACGAAUGCCGACCGUCGCGAGCGCUUGCGCAAGCUUGCCCUCGAGACCAUCGAUCUCGACAAAGACCCCUACUUUUUCAAGAACCACGUCGGCAGCUUCGAGUGCAAGUUGUGUCUGACGGUCCACCAGAAUGACGGCUCCUACCUCGCCCACACCCAGGGCAAGAAGCACCAGACCAAUCUGGCACGGCGCGCCGCCCGCGAACAGAAGGAGGGCAAGGGACAGAUCGACCCCAACACCGGUCUGCCCGUCGGCGUUGUGGGCGCCGGCUUCGGCGCCGGCCUUGUACGCAAGAACACGGUCAAGAUCGGCCGCCCCGGCUACAGGAUCACCAAGAUCCGCGAUCAGGUUACGCGCCAACAGGGCCUGCUCUUCCAGCUGCAGUACCCCGAGAUCGGUCAGAAUAUCGUCCCCAAGGUACGCUUCAUGAGCGCCUUCGAACAGCACGUCGACGACCCCCCCGACAAGAACUACCAGUACAUGCUCGUCGCUGCCGAGCCCUACGAGACGUGCGGCUUCAAGCUGCAGGCGAGGGAGAUAGAUCGCACAGGCGACCGCUACUGGACCUGGUGGGACGCUGACUUAAAGGAGUUCUGGGUCCAGGUCAUGUUCUUGACUGAGCGUGAGGAGAGAUAUGUCGGUGUACCUGGGUUACCGGGGCGGUAGGGGUCUGGUCGGGAGAGGAAGGAUGAAGGACUCGUCAAUGGCGGUGCAGGCCAUUGCACUUACUGGAAGAUGAUGAUGCGUGGCAGACCAAAAAUAAACAGACUGCCUGGGCAUGAACAUUGGCACCCAAAACAUCAAAUGUAAUAUCAUUAUAUACCCUGAUAAUUGAGAGACACGAUGAAUUAAGAUUUAAACAAAAAGAGCCGUGUCGGUAUAAAGCUUGACUGUUUUACUGAAGUGGCAUUAUUAUAAGCAGUAAUGAUUCUGCCAACAUGUAAUCCGCUAAUACCUACAAGAUGGCACCCAUGACGUGAGCAGCCCCCUAUGUAAUGCUGCUUUUGAGGAGUUACCGGUAUUCCUGCUUUGCUUAGGUG